AUGUGUGAAUUUGCAUCGACCUCAACUCUUCGGCAGUUUGAGGUUGUUCUUGGUGGUGGUUCACUUUUUGUGAACGCACACUGGAUGGCUGAAAUAUCUCCCUACUUCAACAGGAUCUGUUUCGAUAGAAACUUCACGGAAGCUCGCGAAGGAUGCGUACAUAUCAAGGAUGUGGAUUAUGCCGAUGUUGUGGCAAUGUUAGAGUAUAUCUGUCCCGAUGCGAAUUAUUUGCGUCAGAAACGAAUUGGAGGUGAGUGAAA